AAUAAGUUUUUCAAGUCCAUAAAUGUUAGAAUAUUCGUUUCUCAUCCUUAAAUUACUACUAAUUAUAGAUAGAAUAGCAAGUUCCAACAGCAUUACAAGAUAACAUAGAUUGUGCAUCAACGAAAUACGGUUAGUAUGUUGCAGUGCGAGGCUCUCUUCAACACACAAAUAGCUUUAAUAUAAUGAAGAAGAAGAAGAAGAAGAAGAAAAAGAAGGCAUUCACAUUGUUGAAUUGAUAUCAAGAAAGAGAUGUCGCGGAUACUCAAUUGGGACGAGUUAUCCCAAGCAUCCACGUGGCAGCUCAAAAAGUGCUGCAAUAAGGAGCAGGUGGCGUUCAUGAUCACUGUCUCUGUUUACAGCAUCGUGAUUUUGGUGCUAUGGAGAACCUUCUUGCUGAAACCGUUUAAGCUUAUAACGGUAUUUCUGCAUGAGUUAAGCCAUGCCUUGGCUUGUGUUCUAACAUGUGGCAGUGUGGAAGGAAUGGAGGUUCAUUCCGACGAAGGCGGAGCCACCAAGACCCGUGGAGGCUUGUACCUGUGCAUCUUGCCAGCUGGAUAUCUUGGUUCAUCAUUUUGGGGCAUGCUCUUCAUCCUUGCAUCCACCAACCUUGUUUCUACCAGAGUUGCUGCUGCUUUUUUCAUUGCUGCUCUUUUUCUUGUCCUCUUCAUUGCAAGAAAUUGGAGUCUUGGAGGAUUAUGUGUUGGAUUUAUAAUAUUCAUCGGGGGAACAUGGUAUCUGCAAGAGACAACCCCAGUUAAAAUACUACAAUUCAUUAUCUUGUUCAUAGGUGUAAUGAACAGCUUGUUUUCCAUUUAUGAUAUUUAUGAUGACCUCAUAUCGCGAAGAGUAAAUACAAGUGAUGCAGAAAAAUUUGCGGAAGUGUGCCCUUGUUGCUGUAAUGGUGUUGGAUGGGGUAUCGUUUGGGGUUUCAUAUCAAUCGUAUUUCUCUGUGGAGCAAUGUAUGUGGCUACCGUUAUCUUGUCGCAAUAAGCCAGAUUCUAAUAUACAUAUCAUGAUAUCAAGAUUCUCGGGU